CUAUCUAUUACCUCAUGGCAAACGGAUUGUUGGUCAUGCCGAAGGUGCAAGACUCCUCGCAGACGAUUGUCGACGCGGCGAGUUACUGCUUUCGACUGAAGCGCAGCUCGUCGAUUUACACUCCGAGGCUCUGUGAAGCAGCGGAUCCUAUCCCUAUUAUGGACCCGAUAAGGACCGCGAACUACGUCGGAGCCCUCGUGUCCGUUCCCUUCCUUCUCGCGACUAUCUUCGUUUACUCCGUCAUCCAGGAGCUCAGGAACAUCCACGGCACUACUCUCAAAUGCUAUUUGGCCAGCCUCGUCAUCGGCUACGUGGCCCUUGGUAUCGAUCGCAUUCCAAAUCAGACAAACUUCAUCAACGAUUUUGGCGCAAUUUGCCUUUUCCUCGGAUUCAUCAUCUACUCAUCUUUUCUUGCCAGUUUUUGUUGGCUGAAUGUCAUGUGCUUCGACAUUUGGUGGAGAUUCGGUGGCUACGGGCCGCUAAGGAGUAACGAAAAUAGCGGCGACCGUAAGAAGUUUAUCAGGUACUCGAUUUACGCGUGGGGAUGUCCAAUCCUGUUGACUACCAUUUGCAUCGUCAUGGAAUUCGCCGAUGUUGAAGAAUCAACGAUCAAGCCAGACUUCAGGUCAAACGGUGGCUGGUUCGGAACCAAGUAUGCCGCGGUAUUGUACUACUACGGUCCGGCUGGCGUUAUGAUAACCACCAACAUUUUCCUCUUCAUUUUAACAUCUUUGAAGAUUCUCGAACAUAAAAGGAACGUGAACCCUCACCUGAACAGCGGCGAUAGCCAAAGACACGACGAAAACGAGCAGUGGUUCAGCUUGUAUGUGAAGCUUUUCGUAGUGAUGGGGAUCUGCUGGUCGACGGAGGUGAUUUCGGGGAUUUGGGAAGAGCCCAGGUACAUCUGGUACGUCACGGACAUGGUCAACGCGCUCCAAGGGAUCCUGAUCUUCGUCAUUUUCGUCUGCAAGAAGAAGAUUUGCCGCUCGCUGAAGCAGCGCUACAACAGUCUUCGAGUCAUCUGCAAAGGUUGCAUCUUCGAAACAAGAACUGCAGACUCGUCGUCUACCACCACAACCAACGUCAACGAUCCGACCGCAACUGGACAGGUUUCCGUCCGUAUGCGCGAACGGACUCCAAUAUCACCGGAAACUCCAGAAUCGUCCAGUGGCCCACCUUAUUGAGCGGAACGUAAGGCCUGAACUGGGAGUCUACAAGGACAAAGUGUCCAUGCAAUGCAAAUAAAAUCUAGUCUUUAAGUCAAUCACGAAAGACAACGCCGAAAAAUUUUAUACGGUUAUCAUAUACAGUCUACAAUUGCGAUAGUCAAUUUUAUACAUUGUAAGUGUAUAAGUGUUCACUCAACCCUAGGACCCUACGCAUGGGUACCCCACAUAAUGUUUACGACCUGCUAAAAUCAUUUUUGUUACUUCGUUCAAUCGAAUUUAUCACGGUGAAAAAUUCAUAGUAAGUUUUUCUCGCAUAUACUAUUCCAUUCUUCAGUAUUUCAGCUUUCGAAUGAAACAAACAGAACUCAUCUACGACAAACGGUCCGUUGGCAACGUUCAUUUUAAGUUCUAAGAUGCGCGCAACCCCUGUGAAGAUUAUUUGUUUCGUUCAGGUAGGAUCCCAGGGCUACGAUGAAUACCAUCAAGUUUUUACGCAAACUGAUAUUUGCUCACAACAUUCUUCUAGAGAAAUGAAUUCGCGCAGUUAUUCUGUAG